CCGGGCCGCGCAGUCCCCGUGUCGUCCGGGCUCCGGGCGGGCAGGCGCCGCCGGGUGGAGAUGGGCUCCCGCCGGAGACCCCUGAGCCGCUCCUACUCGGUCAACGGGCGCUACUCGCUCUACAGCCCCAGCAGCGCUCCAGGCCUCGGGGCCGAGAGCGAGGAGGGCGAGGGGCCCGGCUGGAGCACCCGGCCCGACAGCCGCAGCUACCUGCUCAGCAUCCGGCCCGAGAACAGCUUAUCAGGCAACCGAUUAUCUCCCUCCAGCUUUAGAAGGAGCACCUUCUGCACAAUCAUUGCUCAGCUGACUGAAGAGACUCAGCCACAGUUUGAAACUACCCUCAAAUCUCGUGCUGUAUCUGAGGACUCUGAUGCCAAAUUCACAUGCAUAGUAACAGGCUACCCCCAGCCAGAAGUGACCUGGUAUAAGGAUGAUGAGGAGAUGGACCGAUACUGCGGCUUACCGAAGUAUGAGAUUUUCCGGCAUGGAAACCGCCACACCCUGCAGUUAUACAAAUGCAGAGAGGAUGAUGCAGCCAUUUACCAGGCCUCUGCUAGGAAUACCAAAGGCAUUGUGUCCUGUUCCGGUGUCCUGGAAGUGGGAACCAUGACGGAAUAUAAAAUACAUCAGAGGUGGUUUGCCAAACUCAAGCAAAAGGCUGAAGCCAAGUUGCAUGAAAUAGAGCAGAGCCGAAAAAGAGGGAAAGAAAACAUGGAGGUGGAGAAGUUGAGGAGGACAAGUCCUGAGAGAUUCCAGCGAAAGCGCCGGCUGACUGGGAAUUUGAACCUGCGUUCAGGUGUCUCCCUAUGGGACAAGGAAGAUGUAGCAAAGGUGCAUGUUGUGGAUCCUAAGUCAAGGUUACGGGAAGAUGUUGCAGAGCCCAAGGAGCCGUCCUUAAAUGCAACUGCUGGAUUUUCAAACAACUUCCUAACAAGGCCUCAGGAUGCAGAGGUGACCACCAAUGGAGACUUCUCUAUGGAAAGUGGGGAGGAAAAUGGAAAUAGCUUUUUCACAUACAUCUAUGAGACGGUGGAGGAAAUAACUACCAAGCCCACCACCAGAGAGUCCUUUGCUAAAAAGAAGAAAAAGAAAGGAGAAGAACCUGCAGCUGUCAUGGCAGCAAAACAGGAAGUUUCAAGUCAAGAAAAUGGGCUGAUAGAGAGCCAAAAUCUCUCCCAAAGUCAAAGAAAUGCCCCUCCCGUUGCCCUGCCGGGGAGCAUGCAGUCAGUAGCUGCAAUCAGCCAGCUGGUGGGAGACGUUCCAGAAGUCAAAGAACUUGGAAUGCCCAGCAGUCAGGCUGCUGAAACUGGCAAACCUCAGCCAUGUUCCCCACCUUCCAGGGGUGACACUUAUUUCCCCUUGGCAGAGAUGUAUCUUGAGAGUGGAGCAAAACAUGUAAUGGCAGAGAAGAUGCCGCAAACUCCAGAAGAAGCCAAGAAUGGGACUCAGCUGCAGUCUCCGGCUGUGAGCAUUAACAGGCAAAGAGAGAUUCUUCCACCAGCAUCUGAGGUGUUCCUAGUAGGGGCUGUAGCAAGAGAGGAGCAGAAAGGCCAACCUGUGGAACGGGAACUGGAGGGGAAUGAGGCCAUAGGUACUAAGGUAACCAAAAAGGAAAGUAAACUGCAUGGGAAUUUGAACAAGAAGAGAGUUGACCCUCCUAGCAGGACCCUGAAACCAAGUUCUGAGAUGCGGCACUCCCUCCUAAUGGAAAAUGCAUCAGGGACUUCUUGCAUCUCCUCGUGCAAAAACAUUCAAGAAACAGACUUGCUGGACUCUGUACAACUGAACACCAAGCAGCCCCUUCAGCCUGCUACCCCAUCUCUGAACCAAGUGGCCUCGUGUCUGGAUGUGUCCCAGCUGAGACAGGAGGCAGGAGGAAGCUUGUUUCAGGGCUCCCUGGAAGAACAGGUGGUCUUCAAAGUGCCAUGUGAGGCUCGGGAGGCAGUGAAGCAGGUGGUGUCCUCCACCAGUGACCUGAAACAUUCAGCGUUGAAGCCAACGGAGGACACUAAUUCUCAAGCCAGCCAAUUAAAGGAGCUCACAAGACGGAAGCCCAUACGCAUGGAGAGAGAGACAGAGCAGUCUGAACAGCCAUCCAGCCCCAGGCUGCGAGGAACAGGGAUGCUAAAAAUAAGCCAGGAGAGUUCCCAGAGGCCUCUGGCAGGUUCUCCUGGCCUCACACAGCCCAGCUGGGAGGAACAUCCACCUUGGAAAGAGGAGGGAGCAGGGCAUUCCCUGAAUUUCCCAGGCAAAGAGACCCAGCAAAGACCAACUCCAAGUGAGGAGAAUGAGGAGCUAGCUACAGCUGGGUCAGCAUUGAAGAAAGCAAGUUGUAUGCCUGGAGGCAAAGCCCUGCUUAAGCCAGGUGCCUGCUGGAGUGGAAUGGGGGAGGGUGAGAAGAUUGCUCAGCCAUUAACUGCAGAAACAGAGACAGCUGGAAGCUGGUUAGGGGACAACUUGUCCUGCAUAGAGGUAGAGGAGAGCCCUGUGGAGCCCUCCCAUGAGACCUCACAGCAAGCAGAUGGAGUGGUGGGUGGGGUGUCCUGGGUGCCUAAACAGGCAGCUCCGGUCUCCACCCAGGUGAGUAAGGAAGAGCUGCGUCCCAUUGCCAUUGCAGAGAUUUCUGAGUCUGUGGAAGCACCAGGCUCAGCUUCCCCUUCUCCAGUCAAAGAAGCCCCUGCUGAUGGGAAACAAUCAGCAGCCCAGCCACCAGGUGACAUGACAAGAGAAAUGGAGACUAGGAAAACAAAUGAAUCUGCACCAACACUGGCUGCUAUGCCUCACCGCAAGCGGCUUCCAGUCAGCCCUGCCAUGGAGCGCAGUGCCAAGCUGGCACCUGUGUCACUGACUCCUGAGAGUGGGGAGGAAAGUGAGCAGAGAGCUGUGACUCCAGGCAAAGAGCCAGCGGCUGCAGCUGGGAGAAACAGCAUGACCUCUACAGGUACAUCUAAACUGAAAACAGAAGCACCACUCGCUCCGCGGGCUGAAGAGAGAACUCCGGAUGGGGAAGUAUCCCUGGAGCACAAAGUACAGCACAGAAACCUAGUGUCCUCCUUGAAGAAUUAUUUACUUCUGCUUUUAAAAAUGUCCUCGUCGGAGCCGGAUAAAAGUAAGGGCCCCACAGAGAAGGACACUGAGACUGAAGAGAAAGAGAGCCAGCCUGCUGGGGAGGAGAAAGCACUGCUGGAAGUGGGCAUUGCAGGGCUAAGCCCUGGCACAUCAAGGAAAAUCUUAGAAAGGGUGCAAAAUAACCAACUCUUCCAAAGUGCAGAGAGCUUGCAUUUAAGCCCCAGAACGUCUAGAAGGCUCACGGGAAUGAUUAACCAAGAAUUAGUUACCAGCAGAGAGGCUCUGGGUAUCAGUCCUUUAACAUGUAGCACACUGCCAGCCAGGGAGGCAUCUGAACCAGAAGGGUCUGCCCUGCUCUCUGUUCCUUCUAUCGUGGUGGGUAACAUGCCCCUUGAGGGAACAAGACAGGCAGACAAUGGGCUUUCUGAUCUGCAUCUCGAAAGCAGCGCGAAGGAAAACUCCAGUGACCUGGCUGCAGCAUUACCUUGUGCCACACCAGAGGAGCUUGCCUCUGGGGCUCGACGCAAGAUAUACUUGGCCAAAAGCAAGCAGGUGGAGGAGGCAGAGGCUGCAGCCUCAGAGAGCCAAGUGCAUCUGAAGAGGGACAGCCCCACUGUGUCUCCCCGACAGUCCAGGAAGAACCCAGCUCUGUUACAAGCCGCUGUUCCAACUCUGUCUCCUCCUAUGGACCGACACUCCCCAACCCUCCCCAGAAAGAUGGCGACACUUGAAGUUCCCAAGGCGUAUGAGGAGCCCUCAGAGGAAAUCAGUGGGACCCCGGAAGGCCCUGAAGUCACUAAGCAGGAAGGACAGGCAGGGGAGUCAAGGAAAACAAACAAUCCAUUUAAAGCCCCCCAGCUGAUUCGUAAGAUCAGAGCAGAACAAUUUUCUGAUGCAUCAGGAAACCUGAAACUUUGGUGCCAGUUCUUCAAUAUUUUGAGUGACUCGAAGCUGACAUGGUACAAGGACGAGUUCCCCGUAGCAGAAGCUAGACGGAGCUCAGGUGAUGAGGGGCAGGCAGCCCUGGCCAUUGUACAGGCAUCCCGGAAGGACUGUGGUGUGUACCAGUGCACCAUCGAGAAUGAGUAUGGCACCGACUCCACUGACUUCCUGCUCAGCGCAGAAGUGCUGUCGGGAUUUGUCUCCAGAGAAGAAAUUGAAGUUGGCGAGGAGAUCGAAAUGACCCCCAUGGUGUUCGCCAAGGGCCUGGCCGACUCAGGCUACUGGGGGGACAAGUUCUUUGGGCGUGUUGUGAGCGAGGACGUGGAGGUGGGUGCCGGCUUCCUGCGCAAAGCCUGGCGCGCCAGGACAAUCUACGGCCUGGAGCCCGUCUUCGAGUCCGGCCGGACCUGCAUCAUCAAAGUGCACAACCUCAUUGUCUUCGGGACCAAGAACGAGAACACGCUCAUCGAGAAGAACUACGACAUCACCAUCCAGGAGUGCAAAAUCCAGAACUCGAGCCGGGAGUACUGCAAGAUCUUUGCUGCUGAAGCACGGGCCAUCCCAGACUUCGGGGCAGUGCCCGAGAUCAUACCUCUGUAUCUCAUUUACCGACCUGCCAACACUGUCCCAUACGCCACCAUCGAGGAGGACCUGGUAGGGCCCUUUGAGCGGUACUGCGUGAAGGAGCGGGACGGCAGCCUGGCUGUGCAGAGCAGCUCAGAGAUCGCACAGAAAUGCUGUGCCUUCCAGCACUGGCUCUACCAGUGGACAAAUGGAAACAUCCUUGUGACGGACAUGGAAGGCGUUGGGUGGAGGAUCACAAACGUGAGGAUAGCUACAAAGCUGAAAGGGUACCAGGGGCUGAAGGAGAGCUGCUUCCCGGCCCUGCUGGACCAGUUUGCUGCUGCCCACCGGUGUAACCGCUAUUGUGAGAUCCUGGGCCUGAAGAGUCUGGAGAGCCUGCAGCAGCCAGCCAAGCCCAAGGGCUCCAAGAGCCCCUCCCUGGGCAGGAAAGCCCCCUCAGCCCAGUCCAGCCCCCAGCUGCAGAAGAAAGGCCUGGCAAGCCCCCAGGGCACCCGGAAGGGCGCCGUGAGCCCCAAAGCCUCCCGGAAAUCCACUGAAGCUGGGGAGGCCCAGCUGGCCCCGAAGCACAAAGCGCUGGAGAGCGACAGGUCCAGCCAGCUGCAGUAGUCAGAGCCUUGGUGCAGCCACGCAGGCAGCAUGCCGCCGUGCACACCUGGAAAGGGGACCCAGCCGCCGCUUCUUCCUGUGGCUCCCAGCAUGCCCCCCACGCUGCGCUCUGUGUGGUGUGCGAGUGAAGCAGUGACUAGGCUGGCGCCAGUGCGGGGGGGCCCUGGGUAGCCUAGUGGUCCGGAGCUGGCUCGGUGCAUGGCAGGGCCUGCACAGCCGCUGCAGGGAGCACGGCAGCUCAUCUCUGUUACCUUUUUAAAGCAACAGCUCAUCCAGGCCGGCCAGCCUGCCAAGAAGCCCAGCUGCCAGGGCCAUGCAGGCACCACAGUGCCCUGUGCAGAGGGUAUUGGGGCAGUGCGCCAGCCUGAUCACCAGGGAGCACUGGCCAUUGCCUAAUGGUGACCCUGAGGCUCGUUUUCCGAACCCCUCCUUUAGACUGUGCUGGCUUUUCUCUGGCCCUGCUCCAAUGCCUGGCCCUGGUGUUCUCUGCUGGCGACCCCUGGAGGAGAGUGAGCAGGCUGGUGCUCCUUUGUGUGCCACUAGGAAUGUGCCGCUCUACCCUGCCAGCCUUCAGCUGGCUACAGUGCACUGACCCUGCUCAGGCAUGUGUGCCACAAAGGCAUGGUAGCUCUUUGGUCCUCCCUGGCUCGCAACACCUCCUGGUGUUUUCCUCCCAGUGGAAAUCCCUGACCUCAGGUUCCUCAUGGGCCGUACACAGGCCCUACUAACCUCUGCUGUAGCUUCCCUGAGCCUGGCUAGUUCAGCACCUCUCUCCAGUCCCACCCGAUGCCCAUUACCUACUCACUAAUCUGUACGGGGAGCAUGACUAGACAGUCUGCUUGGUCCCUCUUUGCCCCGUGGGGAUGGCCCUGUGUUUUCGGUGGUUCUCCGGGCCUGGAAAGUCUGGCAGCAUCCAGCCCUCGCUACAGAACCAUGUGGCAGAUUCUUCGUUUUCCCUGGUGCAAAGCAGUGCAAAGCCAAUCUUCCAAGUGUGUGUCUCUUGUUACUAAUACAGCAUUGUCCACCUGAGUCAUUGCCAGGGGCCUCUCAGCUGGGAGUGUUAACUUUGGGGUCUACCAGGUGCAAUUAAAAUGUCACCACUUAGUUCCCUGUCGACUAUUGUAGUGGAAGUGCUUGGGGUGUCUGCAUUGUAAUGUACCAAUCACAAUGGUAGGUGGGUGCCAGUCUUGCCAGCACAGAGGGGCAGGUGGUGGGAGGAACGCUGAGUUCAAACCUCCUGCUCCUCCGAAAGAGAGGAAGAGAGGCUUCUCGGGAGCUUGUUCAAGUUAGUGCAGCCUCAAGGCUGUUCUACCUCAUGCUGGGGGUGCCAGUUCAGCUCCCAGGCUCAGCGGUGGAAAGAUGGCACAUUCCCUAUCGCCCCUGUAUGCCAAGAGCUGCUCUGGUGCACCUGGGCAUCUAGCCCAGUAAUUUAGCAUUCGUCUGGUCUUAUCGCUCACCCCUUUGGAUCCAGGGAGGGUCUGAACCCACCUUCCCAGCUGCGCCGUGUCGGCUCUGCCCUGCCUCUACACACCCUCCCGCUCCUGGGAUCAACAAGCGAGCCCUUCCUUUGCCUCUCAGAGGCAGCCCCAGCCCUGCGUGCCUCUCACUCCCCAAGCCUGUAAGCCCUGCCCCCACAGGCCUCCAUUCUUCUGGUUUGUCUCUAGGUCUUGUGGCUUCAGUGCUGGCAUGUAGCUGCGCCAGGGGCAGGGAGCAAGAUGUGCCUGUGGCUUACGCUGCCAGACUUUGGCUCAGGCACAAGCUCUCUUGGCUACUGCCUCCCAGCCUGGCUGGCAACGGGGCUGUGGCCUUGUUUAAAGGGGCAGACAUGGGCCAUGUGCUCUCUUCUUGCUUCUUCAUGGCAGGGAUUGGGGGCCUGAGAAUGCCCUGUCUGCUGGUUCCAUUAGAAUGCAGGUCCUGUCUGGGCUAGGGAAGUGGUGAAGUGAGGGCAUCAUGGCCGCCGAGCAGCAGGGGCUUGUUUGCAUUAGCUAUUUGCCCUCAGGUUGGUUGGUUGCUUAUUGCCUGGAGGUGUCACUGCCACAGUGUUUGUGGCUCACCCCAGGGCUCGGCCUAGGCAAGCAGGUCACUGGAGGUGAAACUUUAGUGGAGACAAGCCCGUUCUGUGAGUGUGAGCCGCUGUUGGUUGGCUAGUGUGUUGGUAACAGUGUUAACGAGCCCGAAGCAGGGAAGGCUUCCCUGUAGUGACGGGGUUAUGGGCUCACAGCAGCCAGCCUGAGUCUUCCCAACAGCCGUGGCAGGGCAAAGCCUCACAGCGCAGAUACGGCCUCUGGCUGCUCCUGCAGGGAAAGCGCAAGCAGAGCCAACCUUGGAAACAAACCAGCUCCAACCCCGCCUUCUCCCGCACAAAGCUGCCAAAAGCCCAGGUUUGCAACCCCCCAUAGGCCUCAUCCUUGCCAGGAAAGGCCAGACGACAGGAGGGGAAGCCCUAGUGCAGAC